AUGGGUCGUCAGGACUUUGCCUUCCUUGUCUCUUGGAGCCCUAACCUUCUCCUCAACUUCUUGAGUGAAAUCCUGGGGCACUGCCACAGCCCACACUCUAUCGUUCGCGAUGCAGCGCUGUGGACGCUGAAUCAGUUGGUACUUUCGGCGGCUCAGCAGCAGAAUGCCUCUUCAAGCUUGACAUGUUUGCACCUGGCACCUCUCAUCUCGAUGUCAUGUCAGCUGGGCGCUGCGGAAACAACAAAGCUGAUGAACCCGCGCGUGGACUUUGAAGCAGCUGUCAGCAUUGUUCUGUGCUUUUGCAGACCCCAGCCCACUGCAGUCAACCCAACAAUAGAGGAGUGCGACCUGCUCUCCGGCAGCUGCAAUGCAUGGGUGGUCCGGACGCUAGAGGCCUCCGCACUUUGA